UCCGAUUUGCGGAUCGUUAGUCAUAUAGGUGCCAUCUGGCGUAAGAGCGCGGAAGAUUUUUUUCGUGUUAUUGUUAUGGAUCAUUGCGCGACGACGGCAACAUCAGCUGCUGCAUCCGCGCUUCCAAGCAGACGACGCAGUAGUCUCGUCUCCUCUUCCCGUGACGUCUGCUGCAGGAGUGAAGUGCAGACGAGUCGGGAAAAUGUUGCGUUCCCUCGUCUCGAAUCAUGCCUUCCAGCAGGGUCUGAAUCUGGUGGCGCGCAACAAUGCUGUCGCUGUCCUAGGCACCCAGAGCCCGCUUCUAGAGCAGGCCAGGAAACUCGCCAGCGAAGUGGUUCCACAGAAAUCUGGAUCCUCAGCCCCAGCUGCUAAAAAAGUUGAGCCGUACAGUCCCUUCCAGGGCAAGAACAACACGGUAGAAUACGCGUUGGCUAGAUUGGACGAUUUGCUCAACUGGGGAAGGAAAGGUUCGGUAUGGCCUCUGACGUUUGGUCUUGCGUGCUGUGCCGUGGAGAUGAUGCACAUUGCUGCUCCACGAUAUGACAUGGACAGAUUUGGGGUAGUGUUCAGAGCAUCGCCACGGCACGCCGAUGUCAUCAUCGUGGCUGGCACAGUGACAAACAAAAUGGCACCGGCCCUGAGGAAGGUUUACGAUCAGAUGCCCGAUCCUAAGUGGGUCAUUUCCAUGGGUAGUUGCGCUAAUGGAGGAGGCUAUUAUCACUACAGUUAUUCAGUUGUAAGAGGGUGUGAUAGAAUCAUGCCUGUAGACAUUUAUGUACCUGGUUGUCCUCCAACUGCAGAAGCACUACUGUAUGGAAUCUUACAGCUGCAAAAGAAGAUAAAAAGAAUGCAAACAACUCAAGUCUGGUAUAGGAAGUAAUUUUUUUCUUUCAAAAACUUAUGUAGUGAUGUUCCAAAUACCAGACAAUUGUGUAAUAUAAUAUCUCAUAAAUUAUUUGAUGAGUAACGAAAAUCGAUGAAAUCAUAUUAUUAUUUUAUUUCCAUUACUGUAUAAACAAACUUUGUUAAAUAAAAUUUAUUAGGACAAAA